GAGAGCCAUGACGUUUUUGCCCGCCAUUCUAUAUGUUGGGAUAUUAAUGGUAGUGGGCUUGUUUGGCAAUAGCCUUGUGUGUUUUAUCUUCGCUACAAAAAUGAAACCAGGAACUCAGAAUAUCAUGAUUAUGUGCUUAGCUGCUUCAGAUUUACUUGUAUGUUCCAAGGCUAAGGAAAAAAAUCGCACAACUGCGAUUGCUUUUCUGGUGACCAUUGUGUUCGUUGUGAGUUAUCUCCCUUACCUGUCGAUGACCUUCUACAUAAUCUUCGACAAAGAAUUUGACCAACAUCUUCACGGAUCUUCCCUUGUAGCUUAUAACCUAAACUAG